CAGAUCCCACGACUCGUGUUGAAAUCAUCAGAACAGGAGAGUGCAGGGAAGCAUUCACAAGCUCUUGUGCCAGCAUCCAAUAUGUCGGAUUUUACAUUUAUUAUAGUUGUAUGAAAACGUGCCGAUCAACUCGCCUCUUUGGUUGCUCAGUUCAGCUGUUGUCAGUUUCUCUGCUGGGGUGAAAUCUUCACUGUGGGGUGAUGGACAAGGAACGGAGAGCCUCAAACCAGUACGGGUCGCUGGAAUGCACUAAAUGGAAUACGGAGACCGAAAAAGUGACAGGCGACAAAACAGAGGAGGACGUGGUGUCCAUGGCAGACUCCACCAUCACUAUAGAUGACAUCGAGGGGGAGCUCUUUAAGAUCGAGCGCAUCCGUGAUGCAUUGGUUAGACGCGAGUCUGAACUGAGAUACAUGAUGGAUGACAUUCAGCUCUGUAAGGAGAUCACACGGCUGAAGAAGGAGCUCCAGAAGCUGGUGUCCAUUCCAGAUAAUGACAAAUCAAAUGAAGACAAACAGAAGGAAGAGGAGCUGCUCUUGCAAAUCCACAAGCUGGUGGAGACCAGGGACUUCCUGGUGGAUGACGUGGAGUUUGAAAGACUGAGGGAACGUGAGGAAGACAAAGAAAUGGCUGAUUUCCUGAAGUCAAAGUUCCCCAAGAGCUCCAAGAACAGAGAUCCAUUGUCCAACCGCAGACUGGCGUCCCGGGCCCAGCGGUCCUCCUCCUCCCCGUUCGUCACUAAGACGGGGCUGACCCUGCUGAAGGAGUGCUGCGGCUUCACCUGCUCCGUCAUGUAGGGGGCGCAGAGGCAUCGGCACGAGGUGCCACCGCAGGCCCACUGGCUGGUUGUGCCACCACAGCACCCGAUAUGCAUGCCACUUGUGCUGCCCGUCCAGUGCACAGAGAGGGUUUCCCUUGAGAGUUGUCUUUGUGUUUGUACAGUCUCUCUCUCUCUCUCUCUCUCUCCCACUUUCUCUCUGUCUUUCUUCAUCUCUCUC